AUGAUGUCAGAAGUACCUCAAGAAGUGAUAAACAGAGAUCGUUUUAUUUCCGAGUUCGAUGCGAAACCAUGGGAUCCGAAGAGAAGAGAAAAAUGUUUCAUUUAUGAGAAAGAAAUCACUGACGUUCAAGACAUUACUAGCGACUUAUCGGAAGGAUUCGAUUUGGAGAGAGAUGAUGGAUUACUGGCAACUAUCUUAGUCUACAUCGGAAGUAUCUAUCCAACAGCUGGGCGUAUCACAGACAAAUGCAGAGCUCAAAAUCGAUGA